CAGAUAUAUGCUCUUGGAUGUGAGCGGCUGAUUUAAGUCCAAGGUCCAACGACAGCGGUCAAAGGGCAACUACACUGUGAAAUUCAUACCUACCUAAUUUUUUUAAAAUACUCUGUUGAACACCAUUGUCUAUCAUACUAGUAUUAAUUGCAUGUCACCAAUCAUGUCAAAUUUUCUCUAUGUGAUCUGUAUAUUUGCUUUUACUUACGUCGUAGAAAGUUCUUGGAAUGUUACUAUAAAUCAUAAUCCAAAUUGUAAUCUCUCGGAAGGAUGUGACAAAUAUGAUGUGAUAUACAUAAAUGGUCGUAAUUUAACGUCUUCAGUACAUGUGUUUAUAACAGCAUCAGAACGCUUUUCUCUUCCAUCAAUUUUGAUUAUUCACAGUUCAUCAGCUGAAGCUAAUCCUGUAAUAGAAUGGGAGAAUUUAAAUGUUUCUUCUGGAAAAAGAUUAAAUAUCGGUAAUGUGACCCAAUCAUAUGCUCUUAUAUUUUAUAAAAUGCUUGAAUAUAAUAAUUUAUCUGAUGAUGUAAACAUGUCCAUUUAUCCUCAAAAUUCUGAUCAAAUUCGAAUCCACCAUUUAAAUGAAUAUAACUGGAAGCGUAAUUCAAACAACGAUAGUUCAUUAUUCUUUGAAAAUAAUUUAUUUGAAAUAACAUACAAUGGAAGUAGUCCAAAAUUGACUUCACCAUACGAGCAAGUUAUUAUUAAGUUUCGAAUAAGUAAUACAACUCAACAUCAUAAAGAUAUGCCACAUUUAUUAUUUAAACCUGGUUGGAUUAUUCAAUUUGAUAUUUUAUUCAAUAAUUUAACUAGUAAUUUUAAUCAAAGUCGAUUUGGUUUACAAUUAAUGAUGAUGUCAAAUUUAACCUUGGGUCCAACUGAAGAAUUUCGUAAAGAAGUUUUAUUCAGUAUUGACGAUGAAUUAACACCUGGAAAUUUUGAGAUGACCAAUAUUUUAUUAGGUGAAUCAGUAUCUAAAAUGAAUAAUAAUGCUGAACAAUAUUCAAGGAAUUCAACUCAUCCAUCAGCAUUCCUUCAAAUCAAACCAGCUUGUUUCAUUGAUAAUCAUUUGCGAACAGUUCAAAAUAGUCGUAAUGUUUAUAUUGGUAAACAUCAAGAUUUAUCAGAGAAUAAUAAAAUGGGAAAUGAUAAUUUAUCUCAAUUUCAUUUACUUCAUUAUUCAUUUCCAUCAAUAUUUUAUGCGGAUCGAUUAAAUCCUAAUAGUAACAAUGAUACUAACCUGAAACCUAUUGGUAUUCGUUUAUUAAAUGUAUCAUUUGGUACAUCGACUGAUGGAUUUUAUGCUAAAUCGAAAUUUAUUGUUUGGACUGCGUCGUUUGGUCUUGGCAACCCGCCUACUGAUAAUCUAUCUUCUUUAUUGAUUGGAUUAAUUAUAUUCUCGAUGCUAAUCAUUGUUAGCUCUGUAGUUUUAGGCAUUCUACUUGUCAUUGUUUUACGUCGAAGCACUACUAUUAUCAAUAAUGACAGACAACCGAUUCUUAGUCAUUUUGUUAAUGAUCCUAUCGCUUAAAUUGAAUUUUUGCCCUUUUAUAUAUUUUGUCCAAAUUUUCGUUAUUCCUUGAGGAGAGACAGGGUGGAGUAAACAAGAACCUGAGGAAAGAACCACAAAUCCCAUGAAUCGUUAAUUAUUAUUUUAUGAUAUUUUUUCAUUGUUGAUUGUAUUCUCUUGUAUUAAUUCAUUUGUGCCUUAAUAGUAUGCGGAAAUCCACAUUUAAUAUAUAUAUACUUCUGUGAUUUGCAUUGAGAA